GUGUGUGUGUGUGUGUGUCUGUGUGUACAGCUCACAGGUGUCCCUCUGAAUGUGUCCAUACGCCUACAGCUUAACCUCUACAUGAAGAGAAUAUCAGGAAUUAUAGAAACUGGAAAGAUUUCUGAGGUGGUGAUGCCCAUGCUGUGGUUUGAGGAGAACGGAUACAUUGAUGGACCGAUCCUCACUACGUUCCACACUAACCUGGUUAUUCUCCCUGCUGUCAUGGAGUACAUGCAGUACAUCUUCAUAGCCCUCGGCCUGCUCACCACCAUAGUGGCCGCCCUGGUGUAUUACAAAGUCAGGGCAACCAGUAGUGGGCAGGGUAAAGACUCACAUGGCUUUGAAGCACAGGACAAAAGUAUGAGGUAUUCAGAGAAAGACAUGUGAAGGAGACGCCUUACCGAGGGAAAACACCAGCACUUCAAGUCAUGAACGAACCCCUCUGCUUCAAGAUGAGCAACACUGACAUGCUCCCAAAAAUAAAUAAAAAUACUUAUAUUAUGUUCUGAGACUGAUUCAGCUGCUCAGAAUAUGGAACAAGAUACAAAAUGGAAUAUUAUACUGGAAGGUUUAUAAAACACUCAGCCAAAGAUGGUCACUGACUUUUUAAAGUUUGUUAAAACAAUCAACUGCUUUUUAAAUAUGCAGAUUAUUUUUCCCACUGUGGUCGUCUCAGCUAAGCUAUUUUAUACGUCUUAUUUCAUCACCAGCAACAGCAGUGGAAAGAAACUGCAGUGAUUCUAGUUGGGUUUUAGAAAAAUGCUUUAGCUCUGACUACAAGGGAGCAAUUAAAUUUUUUUUAGCCAGAUGUUUUGUAUUUUAACCACAAAUGUGCCUUCAUCAUGGGAAUUUGAGUCCAGUUGAUCUCCUGCGUUGCUUUCUGUUUGCACUGAGGAGUCUGGAGAUUAAACUGAGCUCGUUUUUAACCCUUACCACGGUUUUGCACAUACAGCUGUGACAAUCAUCGAGUCGAGCAGAGGAGACGUUCUCCUUGUUAUGUACUACUGUCUUCUGUUAGAGUUUAAAUGUUUAUGUUCAGGAUGGUGCAGAUAACGCUGUUUGAUGUCCAGCACACGUUUAUUGUGUAAAAAAAAAAAUAAAAAGAGGAUAAGAGUAACAUGCACAUAGAAAUACACUGAUGUUUGACAUCAGUUCAGACUGAAGUUCUCAGAGAUCUUCAGUCUCUCUGGCUUCUCAUUUUCAUUAGAUGUUAACGUGCACUGUCUGUUUUCAUUUGUGGGAGGAAUAAAUGUUCAUAAAAUGAUCUGAAUAAAGAUUUUGGAGAAUUUGAA